AUGGUUCGGAACUAUGUCGUUUCUGUUCAUAUCACUUUCAAUUUGCUAAUAUCUAUCUAUCUAUCUAUCUAUCUAUCUAUCUAUCUAUCUAUCUGUGAUAGUCUAUUUAUAUCUAUCUGUUAUUGUCUGUUCAUAUUUAUCUGGGAUUGUCUAUUCUUAUCUAUCUAUCUAUCUAUCUAUCUAUCUAUCUAUCUAUCUAUCUAUCUAUCUAUCUAUCUAUUUCAGUCUGUUCAUAUCUAUCUAUCUAUCUAUCUAUCUAUCUAUCUAUCUAUCCUAAUCGCACAUAUUGCCUAUUCAAAUCUAUCUGUUAUAGACAAUUCCUAUCUAUCUAUCUAUCUAUCUAUCUAUCUCUUAAGAAUGGCACAUAUUUGUCGGAAUAUCAGGAAAUGUCCAAAAUCAAUGAUCGUUGUUAUAGGCCUAUUCAAAUCUAUCUGUUAUAGACAAUUCCUAUCUAUCUAUCUAUCUAUCUAUCUAUCUAUCUAUCUAUCUCUUAAGAAUGGCACAUAUUUGUCGGAAUAUCAGGAAAUACAAUUCCUAUCUAUCUAUCUAUCUAUCUAUCUAUCUAUCUAUCUAUCUAUCUAUCUAUCUAUCUAUCUCUUAAGAAUGGCACAUAUUUGUCGGAAUAUCAGGAAAUGUCCAAAAUCAAUGAUCGUUGUUAUAGGCCUAUUCAAAUCUAUCUGUUAUAGACAAUUGCUAUCUAUCUAUCUAUCUAUCUAUCUAUCUAUCUCUUAA